AUGAAUUUCGCUAAGAAGAAUCCCGUUCGAUUUCUUUCACGAUCAGCUGCAUCAUCCGAAAAGCUGCCUUCGGAUGUGAAUUUAACAAUAGUAAAGUUGAAUGGUGAUGAGUACAAAAUUCAAGUCAGGAGAAACGCAACUGUAAGACAGGUUAAGAAAGUUGUAGAGAGUUAUUUUGCAGAUCAAGAAGUAAAUUGGCCCCUCGUAUGGAGCCACUUCUGUUUAGCGUAUAAGAAUUAUAAACUCGUAGAUGAUGCAGACAGAACUACAUGUAUUUUGAUCAAGGACGGUGUAAAACUUAAUUUCAUACGCCACCACCAACCAGCUGCAUAUUCUUCAUUAAAUUAUUUCAUGAGAGAGCGGUUUGCCCAACGUGUGCAGCAACUCCUGUGUGGUGCAUGA